ACUCUAUAAAUAUAUAUAAAACAAAAAUCAGUUUCUUCCAUACAUAAAAACCAAACACCUUUUGAGAGCAUAAAUUUUAUGUAUUGACUAAAAUAGUAAAAUUACGGGUGUUAUUUGCAUAUAGAUCUCCGGGGUUUUCUUGGCCAUAUCAAGAGUGAGAUCUUUUUAGUUUGUUAGAAUUGAUGAAGAUGAGACGAGGCAACUCAAGUACCGACCAUGAACUUGGGAUUCUACGAGGAGCUAACUUGGACACCAACUCCGAUACAGAAAGCAUUGCUAGCGAUCGCGGCGCCUUAAGCGGUCCGCUCGGCGGGCCUAAACGUGCGUCCAAGAAAAACGCGAGAUUCGCUGCGGAUCUUCCCAAGAGAAGCAAUAGUGUUACCGGCGGCCACGGUGACGACGAUGAGUACGUGGAGAUCACGUUGGAUAUUAGGGACGACUCUGUGGCCGUCCACAGCGUCCAACAAGCAGCUGGAGGAGGAUCCCACCUAGAGGAUCCAGAGCUAGCACUUCUCACGAAGAAGACGCUCGAGAGCAGCCUCAACAACACCACUUCCUUAUCCUUCUUUCGAAGCACCUCCUCACGCAUCAAAAACGCCUCGCGGGAGCUCCGUCGCGUGUUCUCUAGACGCCCUUCCCCGGCCGUGCGGCGGUUUGACCGCACUAGCUCUGCCGCCAUCCACGCACUCAAAGGUCUCAAGUUCAUAGCCACCAAGACAGCCGCGUGGCCAGCCGUCGAUCAACGUUUCGAUAAACUCUCCGCUGACUCAAACGGCCUCUUACUCUCAUCCAAGUUUUGGGAAUGUUUAGGAAUGAACAAGGAAUCUAAAGAGUUUGCAGACCAGCUCUUUAGAGCAUUAGCUCGCCGGAAUAACAUUUCGGGCGAUGCGAUCACAAAGGAACAGCUCAGGCUAUUCUGGGAACAGAUCUCAGAUGAAAGCUUCGAUGCCAAACUCCAAGUCUUUUUCGACAUGGUUGACAAAGAUGAAGAUGGGCGAGUAACAGAAGAAGAAGUGGCUGAGAUUAUUAGUCUUAGUGCUUCAGCGAACAAGCUCUCUAAUAUUCAAAAGCAAGCCAAAGAAUAUGCAGCGUUGAUAAUGGAAGAGUUGGACCCAGACAAUGCUGGAUUUAUUAUGAUCGAAAACUUGGAAAUGUUGCUACUACAAGCACCAAACCAGUCGGUGCGGAUUGGAGACAGCAGGAUACUAAGUCAAAUGCUAAGUCAGAAGCUGAAACCGGCAAAAGAGACCAACCCUUUGGUGAGAUGGUCGGAGAAAAUCAAAUACUUCAUACUUGAUAACUGGCAGAGAUUAUGGAUCAUGAUGCUAUGGCUUGGCAUCUGCUGUGGCCUCUUUGCUUACAAAUUCAUUCAGUACAAGAACAAAGCUGCCUAUGACGUGAUGGGUUAUUGCGUUUGUGUCGCCAAAGGUGGCGCGGAGACUCUUAAAUUCAACAUGGCUCUCAUAUUGCUGCCUGUUUGUCGCAAUACCAUCACAUGGCUCAGGAACAAGACCAAGCUAGGUACUGUAGUUCCGUUUGAUGAUAAUCUCAACUUCCACAAGGUUAUUGCAAGCGGGAUUGUAGUAGGGGUUUUACUCCAUGCGGGUGCGCAUUUAACGUGUGAUUUCCCACGUUUAAUUGCCGCGGAUGAGGAAACCUACGAGCCUAUGGAAAAAUACUUUGGAGACCAACCAGAGAGUUAUUGGUGGUUUGUGAAGGGAGUCGAAGGAUGGACUGGUAUUGUGAUGGUUGUGCUAAUGGCUAUAGCCUUUACACUCGCUACGCCUUGGUUCCGUCGUAACAAGCUUAACUUACCUAACUUUCUCAAGAAGCUUACUGGUUUCAAUGCCUUUUGGUACUCCCACCAUUUGUUCAUCAUUGUUUAUGCUCUUCUCAUUGUCCACGGUAUCAAGCUCUACCUCACAAAGAUCUGGUAUCAGAAAACGACAUGGAUGUAUCUCGCUGUACCCAUCCUUCUGUAUGCAUCUGAGAGGCUGAUCCGUGCUUUCAGAUCAAGCAUCAAACCGGUUAAGAUGCUCAAGGUAGCUGUAUAUCCCGGGAACGUGUUGUCUCUACACAUGACGAAGCCACAAGGAUUCAAAUACAAAAGUGGACAGUACAUGUUCGUGAACUGCCGAGCCGUAUCUCCUUUCGAAUGGCAUCCUUUCUCAAUCACUUCAGCUCCUGGAGACGAAUACGUGAGCGUACACAUCCGCACUCUCGGUGACUGGACACGUAAACUCAGGACCGUUUUCUCUGAGGUCUGCAAACCUCCUACCGCGGGUAAAAGCGGUCUACUCCGAGCAGACGGUGGAGAUGGGAACCUCCCGUUCCCAAAGGUCCUUAUCGAUGGUCCCUACGGUGCUCCCGCACAAGACUACAAGAAGUAUGAUGUGGUUCUUCUAGUAGGUCUCGGCAUUGGAGCCACGCCUAUGAUCAGUAUCCUCAAGGACAUCAUCAACAACAUGAAAUCUCCUGACCGCGACAGCGACAUCGAAAACAACAACAGUAACAACAACAACAACAGUAAAGGGUUUAAGACGAGGAAGGCUUACUUCUAUUGGGUGACUAGGGAACAAGGAUCGUUCGAGUGGUUCAAGGGGAUAAUGGAUGAGGUUUCGGAGCUGGACGACGAAGGAAUCAUCGAGCUUCACAAUUAUUGCACGAGCGUGUACGAGGAAGGUGAUGCAAGAGUGGCUCUCAUCGCCAUGCUUCAGUCCUUACAACACGCUAAGAACGGUGUUGAUGUCGUGUCGGGAACACGUGUCAAGUCCCAUUUCGCCAAACCUAACUGGAGACAAGUUUACAAGAAGGUCGCAGUUCAUCACCCCGGCAAACGAAUAGGAGUCUUUUACUGUGGAAUGCCAGGAAUGGUAAAAGAAUUAAAAAAUCUAGCUUUGGAUUUCUCUCGGAAGACAACCACCAAGUUUGAUUUCCACAAAGAGAACUUCUAGAUUAUAUAAGUCUGUAGAAAAAGUAAAACAACAAUUAUCAAAACAAAUAUAUAUUUAUUAUAAAUUCUUUUCACUCUAUGAAAAUCAUAUGAGCUAUCUUUUCCGUUA